CCCGGUGUUCCCUCGUUCCUUCUACCGCUCCCGGUGCUUCCGCUCCUCACAAUGUCCCCAGGCACGGGUAACCCCGCCUGCCCCUCCCCAGGCCCCGUUCCCACCACCCGAUCCUCCGGUGGUGGCAGCGCCCGUUCCCGUCCCUCCUUCUCCCGGUUCGCCCGCAUCUCCCGGGCUUCCGCAGCUUCCUGUGCCCUCCGCCGGUGCCGGCAGCUUCCCCUUCCCUUCCCCCGUUCCCGGGGCUGUUUUUGGGGUCCCCCCAGGGGUCUCAGGGCCGUUUCCCCCCAGCUGUUCCUGCGCUGCCGCUCCUGGCGGGGUUUGGCCUCCGGUACCGAUGGGGAGUCACGGCUGGCGCAGCUGCUGCGGGAGAAGUUCCCGCGGGCCUCGGCCAUCAAGGUGGUGGACAUCUCAGGAGGCUGCGGUGACAUGUACGAGAUCCACGUGGAGUCCGAGGAGUUCCGGGAGAAGCGCCCGGUGCAGCAGCACAGGAUGGUGACACAGGCGCUGAGCGAGGAGAUCAAGCACAUGCACGGCCUGCGCAUCUUCACCUCGGCCCCCAAGGGCUGAGCCUGCCACGGUGAAUAAAGAGCUCCAGGAGGGGCCCAGGGCUGCCCCCCUGGGCGUGAACCCCA